UUUGGGAGUGAGAAAGUUAGCAACUCUACUUAUAUGUCUUUUUUUUUUUUUAAAUCUCGUUUUGUUCUCAAAUUUUGAAAGUAUAAAAUUUUGGUCAGAUUUUGGUCGAAUUUGAUCACAAAUUAGCUCAAAAGGAUCAUAGGUAAGGCAAUUUUUAAUGCUGUGAUAUUUCAUUAUGAUUUAAUAACUUUAAAACGUGGUCACCCAUGUCAUCACCUUAUUUACAGAAACACCCAAAUACUGUCCAAAAGUACUUUACAAAAUGUUUAAAACAAAUAAUUUUAAAUCCACUCAAACCAAAAAUUUUUUCUGAGGCUUACCUGUGAAAUGUGUGAACAUGCUGAAGCUGUAUACCCAGCAGCUGAAGCUGAACUAUAGAAAACUGCUGUGCUGGAUGGCAUGAGAAUAUCAGUUUCAGGGCACAGGCAGGAGACAAUGAGGGAAGUUUGGAACUUCUGUGUUUGCAUUCAGUUGUUUGGGUAUCCCAAGAUCCCCGACAUCUCCAGAGAGAAAGCUAACAAUUUUAUAAGGAGCUGCCAGAAUCUUUCCGGUAAGUCCAAUCUUCCAUGAGCCACAACCUGAACUUGACUCCUCAGGGCACUAAGCUCCUCAUCUUCCCAAGAAAGGUAAUAAUUUAUUUCCACUAAAAAAACUUGUUUUGUCACUUGCACCCUAUUUCCAGCCUCCUUGCUGCUCCUAACCUUUCCUCUCUCAACUUCUCUUUCGCUGCCUUUCACCGUGUCCCUCACUGUUCCCCCUCCAUCUUCACCUCUGCCCAGUAUUCAAUGUACCCCUCCAUGACUCAAUCUCCACUUCUCAAUUCUCAGAUCCUUCUUCUAUCCAUUUUCUCUUGCCUCUUUGUUUCUUAUUGCCUCAUCUACUUUCUCUACUCUCUCCCUUUACUUUCUCUGCACCUUAACUAUACUACUGUUUUGUAUUGCCAUAUGUGACAGUGUCAGUGCUUUGACUGUGCUUAUCCCUAGGUCCCUAAAGAGUGUGAGCAGUCCACAGAUGAGGGUUCUGCGAUGCCGAAGCGUGAAAUGGAGUUGGUUUUGGUGAGUCCUGAGGAUGUUGAUGAUAAUGAUAUCCCUGCCAGUCGGGCUAAGCUCCACGAUUCCUGUCUGAACAUGCUGUGGAAAUGGAGAAACUUGCUGGACUGUGACGUCCCCACUGACAAGCUACUGAGUCAAGUGACCUGGCAGCAUCAACAGGAGAUGGACGAGUUGUUGGCGCAGGAGGGUAGUCAGAAAAUAAUCAUCAAUGUGGCUGGCUUGAGGUUUGAGACUCACGUGAAAACUUUAGCAGAGUUUCCGGACACACUGCUGGGAAACCCUGCACGAUGCAUGCCCUACUUUGAUCCCCUCACAAAUCAAUAUUUUUUUGACAGAAACCGACCAAGUUUUGAUGCAAUUCUCUAUUACUACCAGUCAGGGGGAAGGGUGCGAAGACCUGCCAACGUGCCCCUCGAUGUCUUUACGGAUGAGAUUAUCUUCUACCAGCUGGGUUCCGAAGCUAUGGAACAGUUCAGAGAGCAAGAGGGCUUCAUUAAGGAAAUGGAGGUUCAGCUGCCCGUACACCCAAUCUUCAGGCAGCUCUGGCUGCUGUUUGAGUAUCCUGAGAGUUCUGGUGCAGCCAGGGGUGUAGCCGUGGUCUCGGUCUUUGUCAUUGUCAUCUCCAUUGUCAUCUUUUGCCUGGAAACACUGCCGGAAUUCCGGGAAGACGUGGAACUGGGCAAGUUUAGUGGUUCGGCUCACCACGACCAAAGCUCUGGUCCUGCUCCCAGUUUCUUCACUGACCCCUUCUUUCUCAUUGAGACAGCAUGCAUGCUCUGGUUUUUCUUUGAGUUGCUUGUCAGGGCUGUAGCUUGUCCCAGUAAAUCUGACUUUUUCAGGGACAUGAUGAAUAUAAUCGAUGUGGUUUCCAUCAUUCCGUACUUUGUGACACUUGUUACUGAGCUGAUCAAGCAGCAACAACCCCAGCAGAUAGGCAAUGGUCAGACUCAAGGGCAGCCCACCAUGUCCCUGGCCAUCCUGCGGAUCAUCCGGCUGGUCAGGGUCUUCAGAAUAUUCAAGCUCUCCAGACACUCCAAGGGACUGCAGAUCCUCGGGCAGACUCUGAAGGCCAGCAUGAGGGAAUUGGGGCUCCUCAUCUUCUUCCUUUUCAUUGGAGUCAUCCUCUUCUCUAGUGCCGUCUACUUUAUUGAGGUGGAUGAGCCUCAAACCCAUUUUUCCAGCAUCCCUGAUGCGUUCUGGUGGGCUGUUGUUACAAUGACAACAGUAGGAUAUGGAGAUAUGUGUCCUGUCACCAUUGGCGGCAAGGUGGUAGGGACACUGUGUGCCAUCGCGGGAGUGUUGACCAUCGCCCUACCUGUGCCUGUUAUUGUCUCUAACUUUAACUACUUCUACCACCGAGAGACGGAGAACGAGGAGAAGCAGAACAUCUCAACAUCAAUUGACUGCAAGGAGCUGAUUACGGCAGGAUUCGUCCCGCGGGACUGCAUCGCUUCCAUAAAUAAAACCAAAGCAUUCUGA